AUGCCAAAAAAACAAUGUAUUAUUAAAACCUGUUUAAAAUCUAGUUUGUUAUUUACUAUUCCGACGAAAGAUGAGGAUUUCUUUAAAUGGCAACAAGCUUGUAAAAAGUAUGUAGAUAUAAAACGUGGUAUGUAUUUAUGCAGCUUUCAUUUUGUUGAAGAAGAUAUUGUUCGAAAACGGUUACUAGUAUCUGAAGGAACUGUUAUUGGUGUGAGUGAAUAUAAAAAGCCUCGACUCAAAUCUGGAAGUAUACCAUCAGUAUUUGAAGAUAAUAUAGGAGCACAAAAUAAAUUGGAGAACUGUUUAAACCCACCGACUAAUUUUAAUCAUGUAACUAAAUUCUAA